AUGCAUGUUGCACCCUACACAUGGACUCUUCCGCAACCUGCAGAUUCAUGGUUCGACAUCCACUACAACGAUCCCUUAAUUCCAAAGGAAUACUUUAGUAGAUAUCAACAGCAUGAUUUCAUUAUCCAGGCUGUUGUUGCUGGCCAAAAUAUAUUUCUUGAUUUUGCUUGUAGAUUUCCCAGAAGCAUGCACAACGCUCGUGUUUUAUGGCGCAGUACGUUGUUUAGGAGAGCAGAACACUGGGAUAUUCUUACGGCACCAGCAACGCUUAUCAAUGGCUGUGAAAUGGGUCCUUAUCUACUAGGGGAUAGUGCCUACCCUCUCUGCCCUUGGUUAAUGAAGCCUUACCCUGAAGGCACAAGGGAUCCUGAUGAAUUCAACUUUAACAGGCAGCUUUCUUCUGCCAGAGUUAAAGUUCAAUGCGCCUUUGGUGUUCUUAAAAGUCGGUGGAGAAUUCUUCAAAAGCGCUUUGACAGUAGCAUCGACUUUGCAGUAAAAAAUGCAAUUGCCUGCAGUGUGCUACACAACAUUUGUAUCAGAAAUCGUGAUGAAUGGGAAGAAGAUGAUGGAGAUGAUGAUCCACAUCCCGAUAAUCCUGCGCCCAAUGUUAUGCGUGACAUGGAUGACAUGAGAGAAUUUCUCAAAGACUAUAUUGCCUAAAAUGACAACUCUAUGCUUAUCCUGGCUGUUGGACUUUGACAUUUAUUUCAAGACUUAGAACUCACAAUAGCUUUCUAGACAUGCAAUAUAUGUAUUGAGUUCAAAUUGAUCAUGUUCACCGCACAUUUAAGCAAAGAUAUAUAACUUCUUGUUAUUGAAAUCCCAGACGUGGGGUU